AUGGCUGACCACUACGACCUGAUCUGGAGCAUUCACCGCGCUGAUUUCCGAGUCCACACCUUCAUACAGUGGGCCUUUUUGACCUUUGCCACGCCGGCCAACUAG